GUCCACGCAGCGGCGACAGCUCCUCGCGUCUCUUUUGCAGUCGACAGUAAUAGAACCCAGGAAGAACAACGUGUGUCACGUUAGCAUAAACAGCUAGCUCAGACGUGUGUGUGUGUGUGUGUGUUACAAGGUCCGAGCUUGUGCAACCGUAUCAUCCCACCGAGGCAAACUCCUCCAGGAGACACUCUCUCCAGCGAACGGGACACUUUAGGUCAACUCCCAUCUGAUACAGUGACGCUGUAGCACCACUGCCAGUUCUGUGACCCAAGAAAAUAAUGUGCAGCAGCUGAAGAUGGGCGGCAGCGGCUCCAAAUCCAAAGGAUUUUGGCCUUUUUCUGGCUCAGUUAGCGUGGAUGACCCAACCAAAGAUGGAAAUGAGCAGUCCCUGGCCAGAGUUCGAAGUUUCCGAGGCGGAACACCUUUUGUGUUUACUAGACGGAGCUCUUUGUUCUUUGAUGAAGACGGUGACUUGGCCCACGAGUUCUAUGAAGAAACAAUUGUGACAAAAAAUGGACGUAAAAGGGCCAAACUGAAAAGAAUUCAAAAAAAUCUAACACCUCAGGGAAUUAUAAAGCUGGACCACCCAUGCAUCCAUGUAGAUUUCCCAGUUGUUCUCUGUGAAGCAUGACAAUGUCUGAGGAUUGUCUCAGACGAGCCACUGUGUCAACUCCGUCCCGUGGUUUUCCCUUCAGCUGGAAGCCUGAACCACCUUUUUAAAAAACACAUGAUCUCUUGAUAUAUUUGAUGCUCUUAUGUGGACAGGCAGAUGCAAUGUUGCUGAGCCUCUGCAUGUGAUCUUUUGGCUUGUGUUCAGACACAGAAUAGGUCACCGGUGGGGACGUUGAAGGUAGCCAAGUUGGCAAAACCUACUCAGUUUACAGAUCAUGGUUUGUGUGCAUGUAUGUAUGUGUGAAUGUGUGUGCAGACACAGGAUGAAGUGUGACAGACCUGGAGUUGUUGCUGCCGAUAGUUUUCUUGUAUGAUUCACUGAACUCUAGGAUUUCAACGAGAAUAUAACCAGUUCUUUCUCCUGUCACAGUAUAUAUAGACCAGGAACUUUUAGCUGCACACUUUAGUUUAUCGACACCCUCAUGAUUCGCUUUAUCAUGCAUGGAACAGGAUCAGCUUUUCAGUAACAUCUGAGGGAGUUGACAAUCAGCUGCCCACGAAAUCUGGAGUGGAUUAACGUCAUGGAUGGACUGGCUUCAGUUACCUCCGAGCCUCACAUGUACACAGCAGCAGUUUAAUAAGAGAUCCUGUUGUUUUCUUUGCUGUUUUGGCGUAUUAUGUUUCACUUUUAAUUUAUU